AUGUCGAGCCUGGCCAUCUCGGACGUCCCCUGGCUCUCCAAACGCAUCAAGGCAUGCUGUCGACGCGCCAAGCUGUUUAGCACGCACGAGCUGCUUCUCGCGCCACCGCUCCACCUCCAACAGGCGCUUCGACUCACCCCACCGGAAGUCGAGCUGCUGCUCCUCCAGGUGGCGACCGCCGCCAAGGCUCCGACCGUAUCUGUGCUCGAUGCGCUCAAUGGCGUUGCGCCGCCCCCGCUUGCGGAUGAUCUGUUCGGCGAGCACAGGGACGAUUCGAGCGAUUCGCACACCGACGACGAGCCGAUCCACGACGAUCCCAGGCUUGUGCCGCCCACCCAGGGCUACGAUGGCAACUUUCCCGGCGCACACCAGUUCGUAUACGACUCGGAAGACGACGAUGACGACGACGACGACGACGACGACAGCAGCACCGGUCUCAACGACGAUGAUGCCGAAUCCACGCGGCCACUCGACACGCACGACCCCACCGAGUGGCACGAUUCCGAGCCGGCGCGCACUCGCGACGCACUGGUGCACGGCCGCGCACGCAACGUCUACACCACCGGCUCACUCGAGCUCGACGCGCUGCUUUCGGGCGGUCUGCGUUGCUCAUUACUCACCGAGAUCGUAGGCGAGAGCGCAUCAGGGAAAACGCAGAUCGCCAUCCAGGCGUGCGCCUUUGCCGCGCUCGGCCUCUCCCCACUCGCAUCCUCAACCCCACCUCCGUCCCAAGAAGGUUUCGACGACGGCGUGGGUGUAUGCUACAUCACCUCGAGUGGCGAGCGAGCCGCGCACAGCAUCGUCGCGCGCGCGUUGCAACUCGCCACAUGCGCCAUUAGCAACCGCUUCCAUCCAGACGCCAACGAGGACGACUUGGAGCGCGCGGUGGAGCUGGGGCGGGCGCAGCUUUUGCGCAACCUGCACGUGGCGUGCGUCGCGGAUAUUGAGGCUCUCGACCACGUGUUGCGGUACCAGCUUCCCGCUCUCACCUCUCGCACCGACAUCGGCAUCGUAGUGGUGGAUAAUCUACCGGCACUGUUUCAGGACGACCCUGUUGCGGGCGAUAUCGAUUCGCUCGUACACCGUUCUCGCUGGCUCGUCGACGUUGCCGAUGCACUCAAGCGCACCUCGGCGGCUGUGGUGGUGGUCAACCAUGUCAGUGACGCUUUUGGCAUCGACAAGGACCUGGCGCGUCGCUUCGUCUUUGAUUCCGCCUCGCGCACCAGCCGCCGCACUGACGUCGUGGCUGAUCAUCCAGCAGCUAUGGAGUACGCCGCACAGUCCGCCUACACUAGUGGACUGCUCGCCAGCGUUCCACCUACACUAGCUGCAGCCAUGACCACCACCGCCGACUCCGACUCGCCACUCUACACGCUCCAUCCACGCACCGCACAACUCGGACACACUUGGACCAACCUCAUCCACACUCGGCUCCUUCUCACCCGCACAAACGGUCGCGUCAAAGAUCCCGACGACGACCAUCGAUACACCCACGUACGCAAAGCUGCCGUCGUGCUCAAUCCUGCCGGACCGUCCAUGUUGGACCUACCCGCAUCGCAGGCGCAUCUGCGAUUCAUCAUCACUCCUGCCUCGGCCGUACACGCACUCGCACCCUACACGCUGCACGAAUCGUAA